GUGUGUGUGAGUGUUCGUGUAGCGUCUUGUACGUGUUUACGUUCGCUCGCUGGCUGAAACGUGCGGCAACUUGCGGCCAGUUGUGAGUACCAAAAAAAAAGGAAAGAACAAAAACAGAAAGAAAUUCCGUUCUUACAAAUCGAUUUCGCUCAUUCGGUUUUUACUUGCGAAUGGCCAUAAAAAUAGCACAGACUUCGGCAUAAUGACAAAUUAAAUUGUUUGCACACAGCUAUCCAAAUCGUUAAAAACAAAAACCAAAUCGCAAAAACAACAUCAGCAAGCAAAUACGCGCAAACGAAAAAGAGAAAAAAGAUACUAAAAAUGUUGGAGAAGCGCGUGUAGGAACUUUUGCGCUGAUAUCAACAAUAAUAACAAUAACAACUACAACAAGAACAGCAAUAAACUGCGAUAAAAGCAACAGACAAACAGCAAACACACAAAACAAAAAAAAGUUUCAUUCUCGUGUUGCAAACGCCACAAGCAACAGCCGCGCCUCCCUGCCACAAGGAUUCAAAUACAGACACACACACACAAAACACACGCAUACCACCUACAUCACAUAACAAAACGCAAAUCAAGAACGACAAUGACAAGGACUCCGAUGGCGAUGCCGAGACUUUCAGACUCAUCCACCGUUGUCGUCUACUGCUACUACUACAGCUCGAUAAACAGCUUUGGCUCCAGCCUCUUAACCUCGUGCCACGGCGUUCAUCAAUCGAGUCGUCGAUUAUUGAGCGUUUGAGCGUUGCAGUAAAACUCGGCCAACAUUUGGAGCAGCUCAAAUAAACGCCAGCAAAGCGGAGAGUCAAUAAGGAAGAACGAUAGGGGCGACUGGGGACAAUCGACAAGCGAUGGCAUCGUGUCCUGGCAAAGCACUAGGCAAACACUCAAUGUCGCUGCUGCUAUUGACGUUGCCGUCGUCGAGCAUCUCGACUACCAGUUGAUGAGACUGCCAGACCGAGACUGAGACAGUGACUGCGACUGCGACUGCGACAGCGACGUUGAACCCUGACACGCUUGUUUGCUUUUCAAAUUGCAAUUAUGCUCGCGAGCGAAAAAGGUUUUGGUUACGAGCGAGUGAAGCAACUACGUCGAACGUUUUAAUCAACGCAGCAGCAAUAAAUUGAUACAAUGACAACGCUUAGCAGUUAUCUCAGCCCAAGCACUGCCAUCAACUUGGCAACAACAACAGCGCCAAUAUCAACAGCAGCAGCAGCAACAACAACAGCUGCUGCAAGCGACAACAGCAACUGCUAGAACAAGAAGGCCAAGCAAAUCGAUGACAACAUUUGUUGUUGGUGGUGCUGCCUUAAACGCAACAGCGACGACAACUACGACAACAACAACAGCAAUAACUGGUAGUAGCAGCAGCAGCGGGAGCAACUUCUUACUGACUGCAGCAACAAAAACAUUGACAACAACUGCAGGCGAAACACGAGCAACUGCUGCAACAACAAUAUCAACAACGACAGCAGCAAAUUUGCCAACAACAACAUCACAAUUUGUGGAUGCCUCGUUGACUUCACUGUCAUUAACGGCAUCGUCGUCCGCCACCUCCUCCGCCUCGUCAGCCGCCAUCGCCACCGUCCCAACAAGCUCCACCACCGCCUUGGAGCUGUUCUCGACAGUCGCCAGCAACAUGACGGCAAAUGCAAAUGCCAAUAUCAGCAGCCAAAUCGAACCCAGUGACCAACUCGAAGAUAGUUGGGUCGAUGUUUCGCUGCUGCUGUUUAAGGGCUUCAUAUUCUCGUCAAUUAUCCUGGCCGCUGUCCUGGGCAAUGCGUUGGUCAUCAUUUCGGUGCAGCGAAAUCGAAAGUUGCGCGUUAUAACAAAUUACUUUGUUGUGUCACUGGCGAUGGCCGACAUGUUGGUAGCCCUCUGUGCGAUGACAUUUAACGCAUCCGUUGAGCUGUCCGGCGGCAAGUGGAUGUUUGGCCCCUUCAUGUGCAACGUGUACAACAGUUUGGACGUUUACUUCUCCACAGCCAGCAUACUGCAUCUUUGUUGCAUAUCGGUGGAUAGAUACUAUGCCAUAGUCCGACCACUGGAAUAUCCACUGAAUAUGACACAUCGAACUGUCUGCUUUAUGCUAGCAAAUGUCUGGAUAUUGCCAGCCCUCAUCUCGUUUACGCCCAUCUUUCUGGGCUGGUAUACGACCGAGGAGCAUCUGCGUGAGGUCUCAUUGCGUCCGGAUCAAUGCACAUUUGUGGUCAACAAGGCCUAUGCGCUCAUCUCGAGCUCAGUCAGCUUCUGGAUACCUGGCAUUGUGAUGCUGGUCAUGUACUGGCGCAUCUUCAAAGAGGCUGUGCGUCAACGCAAGGCAUUAAGUCGCACCAGCUCGAACAUCCUGUUGAACAGCGUGCACAUGGGACACACGCAACAGCCCACCAAUCUGAGCUAUUUGCAUCCAAGUGACUGUGAUCUGAACACUAAGUCAGCUAGAGAGGAGACCAUCAGUGCAGUCAGCAAUUUGGAGGACAUGCUGCAGACGGCCACCGAUGAGGACGAUGAUAAGGACGAGUGCGAUGAACUGCGUGUGCCAUCGCCGCCACCGAGGCGUCUAAGCCGCAGCAGCAUCGACUUGCGUGACCUCGAGCAGGAGCGUUACGAGAAGGUCACGCACACGGACAGCGCGCCAUCAAUGAUGGCUCUGCAGCAACAGUUGGCGCCGAAUCAACUCCAGGCCCCGGUGCCAGUUUUUAAUCCACAAAUUUGGAUUGAAACGCUCGUUGGCAAGACGCCGCCACAGUUGCAACCAGCUGUGGCUGCUGUGGCGGCAGUGCAACAACAACUGAGCCUGACAAGCGGCAGCGGCAACAGCGAACAGGAACCGGAGUCAACGGCCUAUCGUGUCUUCGGGCUGAACAGCGAUGAGAGCGAGACCAACGACCACUAUGAGACACACUUGCCGCUGGCCGAGGACAACAAGGAGCUGAAGCGACUCAUCGAGGACAACUAUCUGUACUUCAAGAAGCAAACGGGGGCGGCAAGUGGCAAGUAUGCGGCGCUCAGUGAAUCCGAAUUCAUACGUUUGAAGUCGGGUGCCGCUGCCACUGGCCACAAGGCAUUUGCGGCGAGUGACUCGGAAUUCUUGCGCACCAUCAGUGAAUCAAAGACGGCGGCGUCUUCGACUCAAGUGGCGGCCAAGGAGAAGGGCUUCAAUUUCAUGGCGCUGCUGGCGAAAACCAAACGCUCUAGCACCGAGUGCUUUGCCCUCGAAAAGAAGCGACAACAGGCCAACUCCGAGGGCUCCAGUUUCUUUCGGCGUGCCCGCAAUCGCAAGCUAUCGCAUAGUUAUAAUGGCGCCGGAGCUGGCGGCAGUGGCGGCAAGGAACGUAAACUUGAGCAGCGAACGCGACAGCACAGCGACACCGACUCGACGCCCAACAAGCCGGACAUACUGCUGGACAUUAAUGUGCUCAGCGAGCAGAAUGCCGCGGCUGUGACUGCAACCGAUGGCCAGCUGAUCAAGCAAUUCAGCGACGGUUUGCAGUUGAUUGACUUUGGCAGCAAUGGCAACGAUGUUGGCUGCGUCACCAGCGAUGAGUUGGCUCAGCUGGCCGAUUGCUUUGUGGACUCACCCAAACAACCGGCAACGCCGCCGCCAUCGUUGUCGCCACCAGCUGCCGAGCUUGUCGAACAGAGCGGCAUGCUGAUCACAAACAGCUCGGAGCUGGCCGAAAUCUUUCGCUCGCUGAGCUUCCCUUUGGGCGGCGAGCAGUCAAUAAAGUCGCGACGGCAGCCGCAACGCAUGAGCACGCUGAGUGAUCAGGUGUGCGCCAACUAUUUGAUGUCCCCACCGAAUACGCCAGCGGCAGCUGCUGUGAAUGCUGCCAACUGUGGUGCCCAACAGUCGGCAUCCAUCAACGUGUACUUCCUGUCGCCGCCACCGCACGCAGCCGGCUAUACGCCAAGUGACACCUCCACCGUAUCGUUGGACGUGGUCACCACAUUACCGGUGCCGCAGACAACAACAACACCAGCAACAGCAGGAGCAACGUCCACGUCGCAGCAACAACAACAGCAUCCACUCAACAUAUCACCCAAGCCCGAAAUAAUACUCGACUCGACGCUCUCACCGGUCGACAGUGGCAACGACAUUGGCGAGAACAAGGAUGUCACCUCGCCGCUGUUGAAGCGUAAAGAUAGCACCACCGAUGCGGAUGUGAGCGCUUCCGGCGGUGGGCGGCAACGUUGCAGCAUACUCACCGGUUACGAGGGCAUUCAGACGGUGCGCAAGCGACAGGCUUCAGUGGUUACCUACGAUGUCAACGUCAUCAAUUUCUCGCAGGAGCACAGCGACAGUCGCAGCUACAUUCCCAUGGGACGUGUCUCCACCAGCUCGGCGAAACCCGAAUUUUCCAAUAAAUCCUCGCUAAUACGACGCGGUGGCAUCUGCAUUUUUGUGGAUGAAGACGAGGCCGAGAUCAUUGAGCAAAAACCACGCGGCAUUACAUUUGCUCCGGCCGCCAGCCCGCUGCCCAAAUGUCCGCUCUGUGGCGCCGAGAUCACCGUCACCACAGGCACCACAAGCUCCACAACUACAACCACCAAAAUUACCAACACCACCACCACCAAUACCACCACCACCGACACCAACACCUCAGUCAGUGCAAGUAGUAAACGUAGUUGUCACGACCCAGAUGCAGCUCUGGCUGAUGGGCAAACUCCGAGCACGCGUUCACGCUUCUGGCACAAACGAAAGGCGGCCGUCGCAGCAUUUUGGCAGCAGAAUAAGAACCGGAAGCGGCGCUUCAAAACCGGAUGUAGUCACUGUGGUGCAACCGGCGGAUCAGUGCGACCCGCGAAAGGUUGGAAGGCCGAACACAAAGCUGCUCGCACUUUGGGAAUUAUAAUGGGUGUCUUUCUGCUCUGCUGGCUGCCCUUUUUCCUUUGGUAUGUCAUCACAUCGCUUUGUGGCGCCGCCUGUCCCUGCCCCGAUGUCCUUGUGUUGGUGCUAUUCUGGAUUGGCUACUUCAACUCAACACUCAAUCCGCUCAUCUAUGCCUACUUCAAUCGAGACUUUCGCGACGCCUUUCGCAACACGCUGGAGUGUGUGCUGCCCUGCCUGGAGAAGCGCAAUCCCUACAACGCAUACUAUGUCUAGACUCAAGAAUCCUCUUUUCAAAAGGUACCCCUAUAAUAGAGUGUCAGCAUAAGUGAUAUUUAUAUCUCUUAAUCACCCAAAAAAUAACAAAAUAACAAAAUAAGAACAAUCCCAAUUCAUGCAUAAACAACUUAGUUAAAGCCUUUGAGCUAAGCAAUACUCAAUGUGUGUUUGUUA